CUCCAAACACCCCACCAUUGCAAACAACCACUUUCUGCUUUCUCGUCUAGCAAAGGUAAAAUCUUCCAUGGCCGCUUUCUCUGCUUCUUCUCUUUUUCUCCUUUUCCUUCUCUUUGGCUUCUCUGCAGCCAAGGAACUCUUGGUCGGAGGCAAGAUAGAUGCAUGGAAGAUUCCUUCUUCCGAGUCAGAUUCCCUCAACCAAUGGGCUGAAAAGUCUCGUUUCAGAGUCGGAGAUCAUCUUGUGUGGAAAUAUGAGAGUGGGAAGGACUCAGUGUUGGAGGUAACAAGGGAAGGUUAUGCUAACUGCAACACCUCCAACCCCAUUAAGGAGUACAGUGAUGGGAACACAAAGGUGAAGCUGGAGCGUCCUGGAGCAUUCUACUUCAUCAGUGGAGCAAAGGGGCACUGUGAGAAGGGGCAAAAGGUGAUUGUGGUGGUUAUGUCUCCAAGGCACACAUUCACUGCAGUGUCUCCAGCACCUUCUCCAGCAGAAAUGGAAGGUCCAGCAGUUGCUCCUACUAGCAGUGCCACAAUGUUGAAACUUGGCCUUUUCAGUGCUGUGGGAGUGUUGGCUAUGUCUCUGGGUUUUCUCAUGUAAAUGAAUUGCCCCAUCUCAUUAGCUAUUAGGCUAUGUUUGUGGGUAUUCUGAGUCUCCCCAUCUCGGAUAGUAAGAUAUAGUGAGGCUGUUGUAAUCUGUGGUCGUAUUCUUUUUGUACCGAAUACAUUAUUCUUUCUUCAAAAUUUAUGUAAGAAAGUUUAGUAUUCAGGAUAUAUAUAUAAAGUAAAGAUAGCUUCUGCCUUCUUAUAUUUA